CUGCCAUUCCUAAGUGAAGGAACCAAAGAAGAAGAGCAUGAUGACUGCAUACUUCUCUCUGCUUCUCAUCUCUUGUUGCCUCUUUGUAUUGCCCAACAACAACGAGGCUAACCAAGCUGAUCAUCUUAGAAGGUUGAUCAAAACUAAGAGACCAACAUGGCCUCACCAAUCUUAUUCAUGGGCUGAUUUGGAUGCCGCCGUGUCCGUUUCGCCAGUCUAUGUUAGUAAUCAAGAUGGACUAAUGGAGGCUGACAGGAUCAAAUCUUUGCCUGGGCAACCCACAGGUGUCGAGUUUAAUCAGUAUAGUGGCUACGUGACCGUGGACACAAAAAAUGGAAGGGCACUGUUCUAUUACUUUGUUGAGUCUCAGCACAACCCUUCGACGAAGCCUCUGAUCUUGUGGCUGAAUGGAGGGCCAGGAUGCUCCUCCUUAGGAUAUGGAGCCAUGCAGGAACUAGGCCCCUUCAGAGUGCAUAGUGAUGGAAAAACACUUCAACGAAACAAGUAUGCUUGGAACAAUGUGGCAAAUGUUCUCUUCUUGGAAUCUCCAGCAGGGGUAGGAUUCUCAUACUCGAACACUAGUUCAGAUUAUGAUAUGAAUGGAGAUCAAAGAACUGCAGAAGAUUCAUAUACAUUUCUAGUCAAUUGGUUUGAGAGAUUCCCACAUUACAAAAAUCAUGAGUUCUUCAUAACCGGAGAGAGCUAUGCCGGCCAUUACGUGCCCCAGCUUGCAUCCACCAUACUUCACCACAACACACAGACCAACCAGACUGUUAUCAAUCUUCAAGGAGUUGCUAUUGGCAAUGCUUUCGUUGAUUCCGCGACGAAUGACAAAGCUGGCUAUGAAUUUAUGUGGAAUCAUAACCUAAUCUCCGAUGAGACCUAUGCCAAAUUUUGCAAAGCAUGCAAUUUUUCUGGUAUAGAGAGCACCGUCGACUGUGCUGCUGCUACAGAAGAUGCUUAUGUAGAGUCUGGCGACAUUGAUCCUUACAAUAUCUAUGCUCCAAAAUGUGAUGACUCUAAUACCACAUCCAUGUCCGGCAUCGCGAUGGCAGACUUCGAUCCCUGCUCCACCUCCUAUGUCGACUCUUAUCUGAACAACCUCGAAGUGCAGAAGGCUCUUCACAUAAAAGCUCCAAAACUUCCAAAUCCAUGGCAAAGUUGCAGUAAUUUGGCAUGGGUUGACAUGGCUCCAACCAUGCUGCCGACAAUUAAACAACUCAUUACUAGCAGAAUAAGGUUAUGGUUGUUCAGUGGUGAUAUUGAUACCGUGGUUUCUAUCACGGCUACCAAGUAUGCAGUCAGAAAUCUUAACCUCCCCAUCAAGAGUUCAUGGCGCGCAUGGUAUUCCAAAAGCCAGGUUGGAGGUUAUGUUGUGGGAUAUGAAGGACUGGCAUUUGUAACAGUUAGGGGAGCUGGGCACAUGGUACCAAGCUACCAACCUGAGAGAGCUCUCACCAUGAUCUCCUCAUUCCUCAAAGGAGAGCUCCCACCUGCUUCCUGAUAUCUUCACCAACCAAAAUAAAACCAUGUUUUGUUUGGAUUGAGGGCAUGUAUCUAAGAUUGUGACUAAUAUUCACUUAUUUCUGUUUAUCUAAGAUUGUGACAUGUAGAAUUUAUGAAACAAACUCUAAAAGUUAUCCACUCCGAAUGCCAAAGUUUUAUGAACA